ACUUCCGGCGUCGUGUUGUCGCACUUCCGGCGUCGUGUCGGCCGGCAUGCGAAGGGGCGGCGGGGCAGGCGCACGCAGGCGCCAUGUUCCUGACCGCGCUGCUCCGGCGCAGCCGCAUCCCCGGCAGGCAGUGGACCGGGAAGCACCGGCGGCCGCGGCCCGUGUCUGACCAGGCGAAGCGAAACAUGGUCCGCCGCCUGGAGACCGAGACAGAGAACCACUACUGGCUGAGCCGGCCCUACCUCACAGCCGAGCAGGAGUACGGCCACGCCGCGGCCCGCAGGGCGGCCGCUUUCGAGGCCAUCAAGGCGGCGCAGGCGGCCCGGUUCCCGGCGCACAGAUCCUUGGAGGCCCAGCUCGCCCACCUCGACGUCACCAAGAAGUGGUCCUGAUCGCGAGCCACCGCAGCCGGCCGAGGGAUGCCUGGGAGCCCGCGGGCGGCCUGCGGAGCCGCCGGCGCCGGGAGCGGACUGUCUGCGGACGGGGGUCCUGGACUCCGCGCUCCCCGCCGCCCCGAGGCUCGUCUCGGUCGUGUCGGUUUCAUUUCUCUCCCCGAUACGAGGAAAGCAGGAGGGCCCUGGUCCCGGAGGGUGCAUGGUGCUGCAGUAAAGCCACAGGCUGUGUUCCGGCUCCUGUGCUUCCGUGGGAUGUGCUCGCUGGGGCUUUGUGGUGCAACGUUAGUUCGUUUACCUUCUGUCAAAAAUAGUUGCCUGAGCGUAAAUGAAGAAGUGUGCUUUUUCAAUUAAACAUACUCUUGAAAACUG